AUAACAAUGUCUAGAAAAGGAUCAGGGAGAAAGAAAGAGAUAUAUGUAGAGGAUGAAACAUUGAGUCCUGCUUCAUAUGACUUUUGGGAGGAGUUCUAUGAGACUGGAGAGGGCAGUGGCGAUACUUAUGAAUGGUACGUCACAUAUCAACAUAUAAGAGAAAGACUACUCAAACGUAUAAAUGAUGAGGAUCUACUAUUACAUGUUGGUUGUGGUAAUAGUUUGUUGGCUGAAGAGUUGUUGUUGGACAUGCCAGAGCAUCGUCUACUUGACACAUCCAUACUCAACAUUGAUGUUUGUAACAAUGCAAUCGAACGAAUGAUCACACGACAAGAUCGUAGUGGCAACACAAGAAUCAAACAUUGUCUUCAAUACCAAGUAAUGGACGCAACCGACACCAAGCUUCCAGAUCAUCACUUUGAUGGUAUAAUUGAUAAAGGAACUGUGGACGCAUUGUUGUCAACGUUGGACGUAGAGAUUGGAGAGAAUGAGAUGGUGAAGAGAUUGUUGAGAGAGAUGUAUAGAGUGUUGAAGCCUGGUGGAUUUAUGAUGUGUGUCAGUCGCAAUACAUGUGCUGAACCAUACUUUUACAUGGACGAGGAUACCGAAUGGCAACUCACAACCGAACAGUUAAACGUCACAUCCACCAAAGGCAAAGGUAUACAACAGAUCAACUAUGUUUACUUUGCCACCAAACCAUCAUCUUCAACAUCAUCAUCA